CUGCCGCCGUCUGGAGGGUUUAGCUUCGGCUUGGGAUGACACUUCAGCCUCAAACUCGGGCGUCGCGACAUAGCUCGUUGACAGGGAGCCAAAUGGUUUUUAUCUAGGGGCAAAACUCAGUUACAGCCGAGUGCAGUGAUAUGUUAUUGCCCCGGCGGGCGUUUUUCCGAAGGCAGUUUCCAAGAAGAGAGAAAGACUUGCCUGCAAUGUUUGGAAAGCCGUCGCAUUUCCGUGCUAAGGGGCAGUGCUAUGUCCAACACAGCACCGUUAACGCCAGGGCAUUUACUUUAGAUCGGUCUGUAGCUGUACAUCAGUUCAGCAUAUAAAGACCUAUUUCUGUUCUUUUUAUGCGUUACCUCUACGUUACUUGCUGCCUUUGUGAACUGGGAUGAAACGACGGUAGUUAAACUAAGAUAACGAUGUCCCUAGAUAUGAUAGCAUAGCGACAUGUCCCGAGAACCUAAACCUGAGGGGAUCAGAGGAGAGCAGUCGCUCGCCUCUCGGGCUGAGUGACGCGGUGUGCUCAGGAUGGCGCAGGGAGGGCCCCAGCUGGACUACCACAUUCUGCAAGACCUCAAGCAGCGCUUUCCAGAGAUUCCAGAAAACGUAGUGUCCCAGUGCCUUCUCCAGAACAACAAUAACGUGGACCUUUGCUUCCACCUGCUGGCCCAGGAGAGUAACAGGUACCUUUAUGAGGAGUACCACAGCCCAGAGGAGGCACACCUGAGCCGGAAUCAGAUGUUGCACAUCAGCCUGGGUUACCCGGAUGGCACAGUGCCAAGCGCCAGUGCCCGGCAGCUCGUGCACAGCUCCAGCGACGGGCACAUCGAGCCCCAGCGGGGCGCUUUCCACGAGCCUCAGUCCGCACCUGCCGCCAUGGCACCGUCGCCAGGAUACAACCCCUUCUUCAUGAGUGACCAGGGGCGCUCGGGCAACACCCCGACCCCUCCGCCCACUAUACAGGGCAUGUCCCCUACGUACACCCCAGUGCCUGCCCGCUACAUGACUCCCAUCACUGUCACUCUGUCCCAGAACAUCCCUAACGUGCCCCAGGCGUUGCAGAUCCAGCCUGGUGCCUACACCAACAGUGGCAGUGCCCUCUACAUGCGCCCCUCACCCUCACAGAGCCCACAGCCCUGGGCCUCACCUGGGGCACCUGUGUACCAGCCGUCCCCCUACACCGCAACCACGUACCAGUCGCCCUACAGCUCCCCCCAGCACCAGGUCCAGCAGCCCCCCCAUGUGUUUCUGCCCAUCAGCCCUCCUUCCCUAGCCAGCAUGCCCUACCAGCAGCACCAGCCUGUCACCUACAGGCCUUAUAUGACCUCUAAGGGCUCCAUGAAGAGCCAGAUCGAGAUCACGCUGGAGGGGAGACCACGGAGCAACUCCCCAGUCCAUGCUCCUCAGGCCGCUCUCUACAUGGCCACUAGCCCUUCCCCGAGCUCCCCGUCGCGGGCAAUAAGUAUGACCGGCCCCCCAGGGCCAUCCUUCCACCCAGGGGUGUACCUCCACCAGGGACCAGGCCGCCCCCGGCCCGCCUCCUCACCCCAGCCGGCAAGCUCCGCCUACAUCAAGAUCAAAGUGUCGCCUGGACAGACCCAGCGGCCGACCGGCUCCCCGCCAGUGGAGGCGGAGUCUCUACUCAACAUCGUGGAUCAGGGCGAGAAGCACGGUGCACCCCCUCCCAUACUGCCCAUCUCUGCGCUGCCGGGAAACGUCGUCAGCCAGGUCAGCCGCAUGCCCAGACGGUCCAGCUCUGGUUCGGACGACUACGCAUACACUCAGGCACUGUUGCUGCACCAGCGUGCACGGAUGGAGAGGCUGAUGAAGGGACUGCAGGCGGAACGGCAGAAGCUGGAGCAGCUGAAGGCGGAGGUGAACGACAUGGAGUACGACGCCCUGCAGAGACGCUUCAGACGCGUCAACAGCAGCAGCCUCAUCCCGCGGCCUGAAGAAAUGACCAGAGUCCGGACUCAGAACAGACAGCUCCAGAUCGACAUUGACUGCACCUUGAAGGAGACAGACCUGCUGCAGACCUGCUAUAGAGGCAAGUUUGAUCCGAAAGCCAUGAACAACUUUUACGAUAAUAUCCAGCCUGGUCCAGUCGUUCCACCCAAACCAGGGAAGAAAGGUGAGAACCUGAAUGUCGACGCGCGGAGAGUGAAAUCCUCGGCCGAAGCCCAGAGAGAUGAAGACUUUGAGGGCGCCCAGUGGAACUGUGAUAGCUGCACUUUCCUUAACCACCCGGCUCUGAACCGCUGUGAACAGUGUGAGAUGCCACGCUACACCUGAACCCGCACCCUGGCUACCAGCAUGCCCCGCCCUGCAGGGCACGGACCCCGCCUUCUCUUCUAAUCUGUUCCGUCAUGCAGCAUUUGCACCCUGCCCUGCAUACCCCGUCAGUCCCACCCAGCAAUAACUGAACCUGCUGAGGACGAGCCAUGUGGCCCAAAUGAAAUCUCGGUAUCCAAUCAGGCUCCGCCCUUCUAGCUCCUCAAGAAGAAAAAGCCGUGCACUUAUUUUAAUGUUUUUGUGUGUCUUUUUUUUUUUUUUUUUUUUUUUUUCUCUUCUUCUUUCUUUUCUACUGAAAACGAUGCUUUGUAAGGGGGGAGUCAGGCUACACAGAAAAAACGGUGGUUUGGGGUGAGUCGGUCGGUCGGUCUGUUGGUCGGUCUGUUUGUUUUUGUGUGUGGAAAGAGCUGGGACGUAGGAGAGGCAUGGCGUUCCAUGCUACCAUUCCAAGCAUCAAGAAUCAGCCGUGUUUACACGUCCAAGCCAAUCCCACUUGUAGGUCUGCACUCCACCUGAUCACGGACCAUGUCGUGACAUGAGCAGGAGCUCUUGAUUAAUCUUAACGUACACUUCACACUGAAUGCAGUCUUCAGAAAAUCCUCUUUGAAUGAAGAACACUAAGAGACAAGCAUAUGAAUUAUAAUCUCCCUGGUACUUUUAUGCAUUAUGCCACACCGCAUUCUGUGUUUUAAAGGUGUUGAUUUUCCUGUAAAUGCCUCAAAGUUGCUGUACUUAAUAAAGCAGUUGAUUCUGUGAUGACACUAUGCCUUUCGCUGUCCUCAGUGCCGAUUCUAGAAGCGAAAGGGUUAAUUCUGAUUUAGUAUGGUGGGUGUGGAAAAUGUUUCUUGCUGAUGUGAAUCGAAUUGGAGGGCUGUAUGCAAUCAGAAUUCGUUUUUCCGAUUACUGCAGCUAGGUUGAACACAUGGGCUGUUUCCUGUUUUGAUAUGACAAGCCACAUAGCUAGAAGAGAGCCUUGUUAUAUGCACAUAUAUGCCCAUAUCUCAUGUAACAUUCCAUCAGCUCAGACCUGGUUGCUUCUAAAUCACACCUGCACCUAAUUUUCUUUACCAGGAUUUUAUUUUAUUAGUGUAUAUAAAUCAGAUUCAUGUCACAACUGCACUUUAGGGGUUAAAAAAAAAAAAAAAAGACCCCAUACAAACACUCACUCAUCAGACACAUGUACAGUGAGUCGUGCCUCCCUGUCUCAUACACACAUGCACACUUCAGAUUGAUGGUGCUAAGUCCUGUACUCCCCCAAGAGCUACCUGUAUUGAUACAUAAUUAAGACUAAUUGUGGAAUAUCCAUCAGAAACUAUUCUAGGAUUGGCUGUACCACAAGACAUGGGUUCCAUACAAUGAAAAAUGUUGACUCAGCUUUUUACUUUUUUACAGAUUUUUUUCCCCCCUCACUUGCUUAAAUACUGUCGGUGCAGAUAUUUGUGUAGAAAUGUCAAUUUCAAGUUUGUCAAGUUUAACAAAACCCUUUUAAUCUCCAUUUUCAGAGCCAGAACUCCCAAACCAACUGGCUUCAGGUGUGGGCUUUUGUGUGUUAAAUGUAUAAACUUUUUAAAAAAAAUAAAAGUUUUAAUGUGCUCACAAUUGGAGAAAAUCCUCCUAUAAACCAAGACAAAGGACUGCUACCUGCUGACAGCUAGACCUUUGUCUCCCGUAAAAAUGGUGUCAUGUCACGAACCCAAAAUUUGAACCCUCAAAGUAUCAAAUAGACAAUAACAUACAAUACUUUGGCCUAUGGUAAAAAAAAAAACACCACCACCACAUUGAUUCUAAUUUGUAAGGUUCAGAUCCUGGACUGAAAUGUGAAAAAAACAACUACUAGCCCUAUGAAA